AUGAAAAUAGUCAUUACUUUCCCCAAACCAUUGUUGCUAGUUACCUCCGAGUCCCGAAGCGAGGCAAUAAUUCCUGGAAAGCGCCCCACCUCAGCCCGCUCAGCUCCCCGGGCCUCUGCCUCAUCUUCCCGGGGAGGGAUCCAGCCUGCCGUCGCUGCCGCCACUUCCUUUGCUGCCACCGCCCACUCCGGCGGCUGUUCUCCUCUCGCUUCUUUGGCAGCGGGGCCUUCGGGAACGAGCGCAGCUGGCUCCUCCGUCGUAGCCCUGAGCCGCCCACUCCGCUCUCGGGGCUGCGAAGCCGAGGCAGCUUCCUCAACGCCGCUCCGACAUGUCUCAGUUCCGUUUCCAGCCUGCGGGGUUCUCCUGGCGAGCGCAAGCGGCCCGCCCUUAUCCGCAGCUGUAGCGCCCCCGGCUGGUUACCGGCCGCCGCCUCCUAACUGGAUUUCGCCAUCCGAAACCCGCCUGUUUCUCGGGGCACCUGGUCUGCUGCAAAGCAAAGUACCAGCUUCUAAAACCAUGUUUAAUUACAAAAAUAUCUCUGGAAGUCCACAGAUGUAUGGGCUAGUUUCUAUAGCUCAGUGCCUUACAAAGAAGGAAGGAAGAAAAAUAUGGAAAAGAAACAACCUGAUCCAAUUCAUAGAAGAAAAGCCUCAAUCCCGUUUCCCCAGGUAUGGAAAAGUGAGAAAUCAAUUUCAACUGCUGGAAAAUGCUAUUAUCUAAUAAUAGCCACACUUAUACUUGCUAUUCUUUCUAAGACCAUGGUUUAUUCUGGUGGGGACUAACUGCCUAUGAUAUUUUGGUCUAUCCACAAAGGUGGCCUGUUGAUCUAUUGUACUAUAAACAACUCCUUUAUUUCUAUUAAAACUCAGGAAUUUUCUGCUUAAUAAAUAUUUUAGACUGUCCAGCUUCUGCUUUACCAGUCCUGGCAACUACAACUACAUAGUUAAUAAGCUUCAUCAAUAGAAAUAUUUUAUAUCCAGUAAUCCACCAAUCUGUUUUCCAAUUGACAUGAGAUAAGAGGAGAAAGUCUAUUGCAUUUGAUAGCAAUGAGGGGCAUAAGAUAUGACCAAGGCUCUCACACUGCACUAGACCAAUUUAGUACAAUAUGUUUCGUCAUAAAGCUGUAGCUCUGCCAAUUGCAUAAUUUGCCUAUCUCAGACUUCAGCAAUUGAAUGAAUAUGACUUUGGAAAUGAAUGACCUACUAUAGAAAAGCAAGGUCAGUAGCAAGAUAACAUAUAAUAAUACACACUUGUAGGCAUUAAUCCCAUUCUGGGGCUAUUGGGAACGAGUUCUAUUUAGUAUGAGGUUGGCCUCAUUUUUCCAAUAGGUGCUUCAUGUUACACAUUUCAUAAUCUUUGCUAAAAGCCAUGUCUUCUGGCUUUAUCAUUUGGAAAGCAUUCUCUAAGCACUCACAAAAAAUGUGAGCUCUCACAGAUCUAGGUGCUGUAGGAAUGAAUUAUUAGAGUACAAAGUGUAACCUGGAAAGAAUCCAAGAUUGGUGAUGUAGUUUCGCAGGCUUGUUUACAAAAACCAAGGCUCAGGUUUGAGGAUUCUGAACAGAGACAUAAAAGUUAUUUGAGUACUGCAUUUGAAACCCAAAGAAUGUGGGCCAUUUUUGGCAGCAGGAAACAAGUAGGCCAGAGGCACCAGCACUGGCAAGUAUACUGAACAGGAAAGGACAUAUAUUUAAAAAUAAAUAGUUUUCAUUGCUAUUUUUUUUUACGGUUAGGAAGGAAAAAGAGAUUGGGACAAGAAAACACAUAAAUUGAAACCAAACAUUUUCCACUGGGAAAUAAGUCCCUGGAUGGUAUAUUAAAAUAGCUUUUCUUUGAAAAAGCCAUCAUUGCCAGGAUGAUAGUAAUUUGUUUAUUUAUUAAUCAUAUUUGUAGAGCGCUACAAUCCCAAAGAACUCUCAGUGGUUCAUAAGAUUAAAUCUUGUGAUGAAGUUGGCAUGUUCCAGAUACCUACUCUCAAAUGGUAUCAACUGGAACUGUGUCUUCCCUGUUGGCAUACUUGCUGUAUGAAAUCCAUCCCUUAGGUCUCAUUAGAUUCCCAGAUAGAAUAAAUGUGACUCAUGUAAGUUAGGUAGUCAUUCUGCAGCGUGAGGAAGAAUGUUUACCUUAAGAACAAGCUUCUUCCCUCCCCUUGCCUCUCCAAUCAAACAAGUAAAAACAAGCAGAUUUACUUGAGUUUUCCUUGUUCUAGCAAUUCCACAAAGAUCAGUCUAAUCAUCACUUUUAGUGGAAGCAAUUCCUUCACUUUUCUGCCCCACAACCAUCUCAGUGGGGCCUAUUCCAGCACUGCUAACACAUAUCUCCCAUCUACAAGGUAAUCAUGUUAAACAUUAAAACCUGAGCUCAUUUUUUUUCUAAAAAGCCUUUGGAACAGCCCCUUAGUGCUAGACCCUAACUAGACUUAAGAUGGUGUUAUCGAAAGUAAUUACAUAUUUUUCCAUUUACUCCUCCUUCUAUUUCCCCCCU